GCACGUAUUUUAAUAACAAACUGAUUUCAUGUUUGAUUUUAGAUGGGGUUUGAUGGUUUAUUUUUUGGCCGAGCUGAUUAUGAAGAUAUUCAAACACGUAAUCGAACAAAAACUAGAGAAAUGGUAUGGAAAGGAAGUGCUAACUUAGGUGAACAAAGUUGGUUAUUCACUGGUAUUUUACCAAAUGGAUAUAGUGCACCGGAUUCGUUCUGUUUUGAUUAUAGAUGUGCAGAUCAACCUAUUAUGGAUGAUAAUCAUUUAUAUGACCAGAAUGUUCAAGAACGUGUUCAAGCAUUUCUUCAAGCUGCUCGUGAUGAGGCAGCAGGUUAUGCUACAAAUCAUAUAAUUAUGACUUUCGGUGGUGACUUUUAUUAUAGAAAUGCUAAUGAAAAUUUUAAAAACUUAGACAAAUUGAUCAAAUAUGUUAAUGCCCAGCAAGCAAAUGGUAGCAAUAUCAAUGUUUUCUAUUCUACACCAGGAUGUUAUUUAUAUGCUUUAAAUAAAGCGGAUCGUUCAUGGAAAUCGAAAACUGACGACUUUUUUCCUUAUGCCCAUAAUCCACACGCAUUUUGGACGGGUUAUUUCUCAUCACGAUCCGC